AUAGUUAUAUAAUUUAGGGAGUACUUAGGAACGGAUUCAACGGAACGUCGACCAGAUUGAUCAAAGAAGAAGAGAUUGUACGAUAUGGCAGUUUCUUGGUUCAGGAUAUUCUUUCAUUUUGCGAUGAUUGUGUACACUUACGCUCAACUACAAUGGAUGAAUUUAGAUAGUGGCAAUGCAAGCAAUACGCCAUCGGUAAGAAGAGAUAUGGCAAUAGGCUAUCAAAGAGAAAUGAGGAGAGUCUUGAUUUUUGGAGGAAGGGGAAAUAGCGGUCCUUUAGGCGAUACCUGGGAGUAUAAUUUAGAUACCCGUCAGUGGAAGGAACUAACAACAAACAAUGCAAUUGAUAAAAGAUUUUCUGUCGUAUCUGGGGUAUGGAAAAACGGCUUCUAUGUUUCAACUGGCGAAGGAGAAAACGAUGCCUUCUUCGAUGAUAUUUGGCGUUUAGAUUUAUCGAGUUUGAAUUGGACGAAGCUGCCAUCGGGCUCAACCAAACCAGAAGAACGUUACGGUUCAGCUGGAGGUUUUUAUUUAAACUCUAGCCUUUUAUACCUCACUCACGGUUUUGCUAGCAAUAGGUUUUCCAACACUUUUGUUUAUGAUGUUUCAAAGCCAAACGAAGGAUGGCGGGAGGUAUUUGAAGGAACAAACAGCUAUAAUCCCAACUAUCCACAUGCACGUUGUCUUCAUGCAGCUGCGAUGAUAUCACAACACAAAAUGGUCAUAUACGGUGGUUGCUUGGGAGGUGGUGGCUCAGGUGGCCCAUGCCCAGCAGAUGACAAUUGGAGCUAUGAUGCUAUGAGGGACUCCUGGACACGCCUUCCAGAAUGUGCAUCUCCUCGGAAAUAUCCUGGCAUGGCUAUAUUGCCUGUUGAUAAUAAUACAAAAGGGGAACAGAUUGUUCGACCUGUUUUAUAUGGUGGCGAUGAAAAAACUAUUCAAGUAAUAACUGUGACCGAAGCCCCUGCAAAUGAAGUAGUUGUCUACUAUCCAGAGAAAGAAGAAUGGAAAAAAAAGACUGUUGAUGGGGAUCCCCCACCCAAGAGGUAUAGCCAUGCAAUGGUAACUGUGGACGAGGGAAUUAUUAUGUUUGGAGGACUUUCCAGCAAUGGCUUAAACAAUGACCUUUGGCUAUUAAAUGGGACUGCUAAGAUGGUCGAUGGCACAAAGGAUGGAGAUGACUGCAAGUUGCUGUACUUCAGUUUCAUCCAUCUUCAUGGGAUAUUCAUGUUUAUCGGAUGGGGGGCUCUGUUACAGCUUGGAAUGUUCUUUGCAAGAUAUUUUCGACAUCGUGAACCUUGGUGGUUUAAAAUGCAUCGUAUUUUUCAGGUCUCGGGACUCGUGGUUAGCUCCCUCGGUUUGAUAUUUGCCAUUAUCUCUGUGCCUUUUGGUCAUUUUACGUUUGCACAUGCUAUUAUUGGCUUGUUGAUCAUGCUCAUUGGCUUAUUUCAACCUUUAAAUGCGUUCUUCCGUCCUCACAAAACGGACGUAAAAACGACAAAAAGAUUGAUCUGGGAGAUUUAUCACAUCAACGCCGGCCGCUUAGCCUUAGUGUUAGCUUUGGCCAAUAUCACUCUGGGAGUUUUUCUCGCCGUUACUCCGUCUUCUGCUUGGAUUACGUGGCUAGUCAUGAUGUGUCUAUGGAUAGCCUUUAUUGUUUUCAUGGAAAUUCGUUUACAUUAUCUACGAUGGAAGACUGGAGAGACCAAUGUUGAAAUGUCCAAUAAAUAAUUCAAGUGUUUUAACUAUACAUGUAAUGCAACAUUUAAUCAAGCCAAUGAAAUGAAGUCAAUGUCAGUAUCUGUGACGAUAUCUUUAUUGCAAACACAAACAUGCAGUUUUCAUGAUCUUACUUAUGUAUGAUUUUACUCUAAUCUAUUAUGAACGAUGCUAUGUAUUUAUAAUUGUAUUUCUGUGCACUCUACAUAAAAUGUAAUUUGGAA